AAUUUGCACUCUACCCAAUCCAUUUCUAUACUUCCCCAUAAUGUUCACCUUGACUGUUCCUGAGGGCUACGGCGCCGUCAUCGCCGUCGCGCUGGGCGCCAUCCCCGUGCUGGGGUUCGUCCACGGCAUCGUAACGGGUAGCACCCGAAAGAAGGCCCAAAUUCCCUAUCCCCACACCUACGCGACCGUCGAGCAAUGCAAGGCUGAUCCCAAAGCCGAGCAAUUCAACUGCGCCCAGCGCGCGCACGCCAAUUUCCUGGAGAACUCCUCCCAGACCAUGCUCUUCACGUUGGUGGCCGGGCUGAAGUACCCGCAGCUGGCGGCGGGCCUGGGCGCGGCGUGGGUGGUCUUGCGGGCGCUGUUCCUGCACGGAUACGUGUACUCGGGCAAGUCGGAGGGUAAGGGUCGGUACCGGGGGGGCCUGUUCUGGUUGGUGCAGGGGGCGUUGUGGUGGUUGACGGUUUUUGGUGUCGCGAAGGAGUUAUUUUAGAGGGGUGCGCGGGUUGUCUUCUGGAUGGAGUUGGUGAGGCUAGGGAAGGGGGUUGAGGAUGGGUUGAUCGUCCUGUGUACUAGUAUAAUAGGUAGUGCAUAUUCGCGAGGGAAUCUGUUGGGUUUGUAUUGUUUAUCUGAGUAAUUUUGGAUGUUGAAGCUCUGGGUGAAGACUGAAUGAUAGGGGUGGAAACUGGUUGCUGAGGGAAUGGUGUUCACUAGGGGGGUCAGGAUAAGUGUGCAAGCAACAAUCGCAAUGGUUAGCAGAUCGUAGUCUCUGGAAAUGAUAGCUUGUGCUCGGCAUCUUGAGAUACUAGGCUUAGCAGCUGUCUGCAUUAAAAGCUCGGCGGAGAAGCUCUCAGGGCGGCCGCCUCGGCGUUCGGCAUUUCAGUGUGGCUGACCCCACGGUCGGAGGUGGAGCAAUCUAGAAGCCGAUGUGGCUGGUGGGGGAUGGAG